GGAUAUUUCGAAUAUAUUAUUUUUAUUAUUAACCGUUUAAUAGAAGGAAACAUGAGACGACUGUAUGAUACAACAAAGAAGUUCGCUGGAAAUUACCUUAACAUAGAACGAUCAGUGAAAAGCAAGGGAGGCAAAGUAAUCACCAACAUUAAAGAACAGCGAAACAGGUGGGUAGAGCAAUUCAAGGAACUUUGGAAUCGACCAGCUCCACCGGACCCACCUAACAUCGAAUCGGCACCUACGGACAUUCCAAUCGAUAUCGGCCUACCAACAACUGAAGAGAUCAGUAUGGCCAUCAGACAAAUCAAGAGCGGCAAAGCAGCGGCACCAGACAGGGAUAACUUAACUGCAGAAAACUGCUAUAUAGAAUUAGUCUAUCGCGCUCGCGCAUGAGACCGAUAGGUCCUGGUUUGGAAUCUCAUGAAGCAGGAUCGUGGAUGCAUAUUGCCAAGAAGGAGUCCCACAAUAA